AUGGCUUCUCAGGGUAGACAAGCUAUUAGCAGAUUAAGUGGAAUGCUGCCUAAAGGUGGCGGAAAGGGUUUAUUUACUGGUAUGGGAGCUUUAAUAACUUUAGGUGCUGUCGGCCUUGGGAUAAAUGCCAGUUUAUUUAACGUUGAUGGUGGUCAUCGCGCGAUUAAAUAUACCAGACUUUUGGGAAUUAAAAGAGAUAUCUAUAAUGAAGGUACACAUUUUAUGAUUCCAUGGCUUGAAACACCAAUCAUUUAUGACGUGAGGGCCAAGCCAAGAAACAUUGCAUCUUUAACGGGUACAAAAGAUCUUCAAAUGGUCAAUAUUACGUGCCGUGUUUUGUCUAAACCAAGGGUUGAAUCUUUACCUACAAUUUAUCGAACGCUCGGAUCAGACUAUGAUGAAAGAGUUCUUCCAUCCAUCGUUAAUGAAGUACUUAAAUCGGUGGUCGCGCAAUUUAACGCUUCACAAUUAAUCACACAACGUGAACGAGUUUCGCGUCUCGUGAGAGAAAAUUUAACACGCCGUGCAUUAAGGUUUAAUAUCAUUCUGGAUGAUGUUUCCAUUACGCAUGUUGCGUUUUCUCCUGAAUUCACACAUGCGGUCGAAGCUAAACAAAUUGCUCAACAAGAAGCUCAACGUGCAUUUUUUGUGGUGGAGCGUGCUAAACAAGAAAAGCAGUCUAUUAUUAUUAGAGCAGAAGGAGAAGCUGUAUCGGCGGAGUUGAUUGGAGAAGCCGUUAAGAACAAACCUGGAUUUAUUGAGUUGAGAAAAAUUGAAACGGCUAGAGAUAUUGCCACAAUCUUAUCUCAAUCUCAGAAUCGUGUGUUAUUAGAUUCCGAAGCAUUAUUAUUGAAUGUUGCUGAUCCAUCAAAGAAUAAAAAGGAUUCAAAUAAAAAGUAA